GAAGCCUAACUGUUUUUAGGGGGGGAAAGUAAGAGGUUUGACCUUUUCAGAACAUGUCGGUUCUGGGCUAACCUUAUACGUCUUAUGAAGAUCUAUCAGGUUAGCUGUACUUGGCCAACAAUAGGAUUGCGAAUAUCAAUGCCCAGUCAGCCUUUACUCUGGCUACCUCGGUAAGUAUUUGGGUUAGCAUUGGGAGUUGUAUCGACGGAAUAAGGUGUUUAGUUUGAUUCCUGAAGCUGAGUUUCUAGCGCGCGGGAAACAAUUGGGCCUAGCGCAUUUGCCGCUUUUUGCUCAGGCUCAGAUCGGCUCAGCCAGUUUUCCGUCAGGUCACGGAGACUGUUGGUUGAACUUGCCUGUGGCCAUGGAUGCAUUAUCUUAGGUAUGCAGAGAGAGAAAUGAACUGCUUUGAGGGUUCAAAGUUCCAGCCCUAUAACGGUCUCAGCUUGAACCGUUAACCAAGACAUCAAUACCUUCUUCUUCGGAUUCUUUAAAAUAAAACACUCCGCCAAUCCCGCCGAGCGCUAUCUAAUGUCUAAAUGCCUAAAGAAUGUCUUACCAGGAUGUCCCUGCGGAUCUUCUUUCUCGUCUCUCCCAUCGGCUAAGAGACCAGCUCUAUUCAAUGAUUACCAUCCCUGAUCCGCCAAACCCCAUGGAACCAAGCCUCCAAAGUCGUGCCUCGUCCCUCGGAACUCUCGACAGGCUGCCAGUCGAACUGCUAUACGAGGUGCUUAUGAGCCUCGAUUUCCAGUCCUCCAUCAGCUUUUCUCGCGCUUCCAUUCAAGGAAAGAAUAUAGUAUGUUCCCUCCCAGCAUAUCGAGAUGUCAUGAAACAUGCACCACACGCGUUAGCAGCCCUUAGUCGGACGAAGCUGCUUCAUUUCCAUUCGGCAUCUGACCUUCACAAUGCUCUCCGGAACGAGCGCUGUGCGACGUGUCCCGAGUAUGGCGUUUACCUGUUUCUCCCGACGUGCGAAAGGUGUUGUUGGCAAUGUCUGCGAUCCAAGCCAACGCGACGGGUCGUCUCCCCAACGGCUGCCACCAAGACUUUCGCGCUAUCGCCCAAGAUGGUCCGGCAAUUGCCCGUCAUGUUCAGCAUUCCUGGCACUUACGGGGUCGCGUGCAAGCCUACCCAGAAAUCAUACAGACUUGUCAGUGUAACCGCUGCCAAAGAGCUUGCGAUGUCAAUCUACGGGUCCCCAGGAGAUGCUAUAGAAGCCAUCAUACGCAGGCGCCCACCCAAUGAGCGGACUGAAUCCACGGCUAGAUCCCUACGAGCUAUAUUUUCGGACUUUGCGUGUUUAGAUUCCUUGAUGGUGCCAGAUCAAGGGAAUACUGGAGUUGACCGCUAUUUCGGUAUGGCAUCCAUUCCAUUCCCCUCGCUUACUACUCCGGACAUCCUCGAACACGGUCUUUGGUGCAAGGGUUGCGAAUGGACAUUCAACCAACAUAGAGGUCGCCGGAUACCGGCCUACGUCAUCGCCAACAUGGUGCCGGCGGAUUGCGACCCUGAUCGUGUACUAUUGGGUAUGGUCAGGCGGGCUUACUCGAGCGUAAGGCUUUCCGCGCAUAUCCAACAUUGCUAUGGUGCACAACAGUUGCUUGCUAGUCAAAUGUGCAAGAAGGUUGAGCGAGUACCAUCGCCUUGACAAUCCUGGAAUAACACAAUCUCAAAAAUUGACUACAGAUUUCCAACACACUACCCUACAUAGCUCAUGUAACCCUCGCCUCACACUCACACUCGCGCUCGACGCUCGCCGCCCGCGAACGGCCGCCCACAACUAAUGGUUUCACCUGG